CAGGCGCAAGCAGCGGAGGCCGCUGGCGGCGAUGGGGGACGCUCUGGGCGUUACGGCGGGCGGGGAGGAAACCUACCGGGUGGAUACUAAGGAAGAAUUUGUUCAAGUCAGAAAGAGAGACCUAGAGCGGUUGACAACAGAAGUGAUGCAGUUACGAGACUUUUUACCCAAAAUACUGAAUGGGGAGAUGUUGGAAAGCUUCCAGAGAUUGGAUGCUGUAGAGACAAGCUUGGAAAAGAAAGAGCAUGAAGUAGAACAGAUAAGAAUGGAUUGUGAACAUUUUAGAGCCCGAUUGGAAAUAGCACAAGCAGAUAGCAUAAAAGAGAAGAAGGAGAAACUUGCUCUUAGACAGCAGCUGAAUGAACUGAAGCAGCAACUAUUGCAGCAGGCAGAAUAUUGUACAGAAAUGGGAGCAGCAACAUGUACCCUUUUGUGGAGUGUCUCCAGCAGUGAGGAAGCAGUAAAAGCAAUCUUGGGAGGAGGUAAGGCACUGAAGUUUUUCAAUAUCACUGGACAAACAAUGGAGAGUUUUGUAAAAUCACUGGAUAGUAAUAUAAAACAGGAGCUGGAUUCUGAUGAAAAUCAAUUUGUAUUUGCUUUGGCUGGAAUUAUAACAAAUGUUGCUGCCAUAGCUUGUGGUCGUGAAUUUCUGGUUAAUUCAAGUCGUGUACUGUUGGAUACAAUAAUGCAACUUCUGGAAGACUUGAAGCCAGGACAGUGUACCAAACUCAAAGUGUUAAUGCUAAUGACACUGUACAAUGUAAGCAUCAACUUGAAAGGCCUGAAGUAUAUAAGUGAAAGUCCAGGUUUCAUCCCUCUACUGUCAUGGCUCUUGAAAGAUCCAGAUACAGAAGUACGUCUUCAUGUUCUUCGGCUUAUCCAGUCUGUGGUUCUGGAAACAGAAGUCUUCUCCAAAUUAGCAUCACAGUUCCGUGACUCCAUGCUCCUUCAGCAUAUCAUAACUAUAUCUAAGAGUCAAAAUUUCAACCUGCGGACACUAUCUCAAGAACUCUUAGAAGAUUUUAAAGUCCUAGAAUUUGAAGUAUAGUGAUGCUUAGAAAUUGAGGUAUUUUGGUUAUAGAUAUCCUUGUUUCUGAUCCUUUUCUCCUCUUUCAUUCCUCCACUUUGCAUUUGUUAUGUUGUAACUAUAUUUUCCACGUGGUGAAAUACAAAUGACUAGAGAGGGGCAUAUAUUUAUAUUUGAGUCUGGAUUAAAUUCCUCUUGGCAGAAUAUAAACACCUAAAAAUAGUUGGAUGAUUCUGCCAGAGGCAUCUCAAGGAGGCGUAUCUUGUUCAUUUCUUGAAUUGUUUCUGGAUAUCUGAACAUCUUGAAAAUGGUAUUUCUUAAAGUGAAUGAUUCAUUAAAUUUCACUAGGUUUUCAUUAAGCCUUUAGUUUCCCAAUAUGAUAUCACCUAAAAAUGGAAAAUGAAAUAACUAUGUACCUCAUAGGUCAGCAUUUCCUUGGGUGCCUUUAGUAUGAGUCUGUGUGUGUGUUUUUGUAAAGAAAAGCAAAAACAAGUCACUUCAGUCCUCUUAGAGUGACUAUAGUUAUUUUAAAAAAUAGUAGCAGUCGAUUAUUGAAAUGUUUUGGUAAGUCUGUUAUUUAAGGACAUUGCAUGUUUUAACUCUGUAUUUGUUUUCUAAUGCAUUGUUUUUUUUAAAAUAAAUGAAAACUAGAAGAU